CUCUCUCUCUCUCUCUCGUUCUUCCAAAAGAAAAGAAAAAACACCCUUCUUUGCUUUUGUUUCUUGUAAUAACCAAAACCCAUCUCCGUUCUUACAUCAAAAACCAUAGUAAUUGACAUAAAUCUGCAUGUUUUCAACUUAUGCUACCUUAUUCGGUGCAAAUUAGAGCGCAGAGGGGAGCUGGAGAGAAGUAAAAUGGUGGAAUCGGUUGUUUCUUACAUGUAAAUAUGUAAUCUUUUGUGUUGGUGUUACCAUGAGCAGUGUUUUUGGUCUACAAAUGGAAAAUUAUCAAGGUGAUUUAAGCGACCUAGUUCAAGCCUCUGCUGCUCAACAAUCAGAUAUGUUUCCAUGGCAGGAAUUCACCUCCGAUCCUCUGAGUUUUUCAUUGUCGGCGGCAGCCAUGGAAUAUCAUAGAAUAAACGAUUUCGGUGACCCUUUUUCCACCAUGAGAGAUCCACUUCUUCACGAGCUUAACGGUUCGAGUUCGAGCUACUUUAGCAGCCCUAAUUCCACCAACGAUCAUCAUCUGAUUAUUAUCGAAGACACUUCAAGCUUUUCCGCCAGUGGUCAUGAUGAUACCACGAGUCCUUGUAACAUUUUUUCUCGGGUUCAGAUCUCUCAUGGUCAUAACUCCAGUCCACGACCCGUGCAGCCGCCGCCGUGUUAUCCACAGGUGAUGGCUGCUGCCUGUGUUUCUCCCAGGGGACAUAAGGCGCCUGCUGUGCUCCCAAGCGGCAUGCUUAAUGUAAACACCUCAAAAGGUUGCUUGAUUGAUAACACCACUGCAUCAGUCCCGGUACAGCAGAUCUCAUCUCCGCGGAAUCUGGGUAUCAAGAGAAGAAACAGUCAGGCCAAGAAGGUGGUGUGUAUACCAGCACCGGCAGCUGCAAACAGCCGGUCUAGUGGUGAAGUAGUUCCCUCUGAUCUGUGGGCAUGGCGAAAAUAUGGCCAGAAACCUAUCAAAGGCUCCCCUUAUCCAAGGGGAUACUACAGAUGCAGCAGUUCCAAAGGCUGCUCGGCCAGGAAACAAGUGGAACGAAGCCGAACCGAUCCGAACAUGCUCGUGAUCACCUACACAUCCGAGCACAAUCAUCCAUGGCCAACCCAAAUAAAUGCACUUGCAGGUUCAACAAGGUCUCAGUCUCAGCCAUCGAAAGCCCAUGCUAGUAGUACUAGUUCCGGUCCCAAGAUUGAUUCACCGAGUAAUUCUCAAGCCCAAAACACAGCCAAAGAGACCAACAGCAACAACGACACAAAGAGCACACCGGUUAAAGAAGAAAUACCUGCAAUGCCAAAAUCACAGCAGCAAACUGAGGAUUUCUUUGCAGAUUUGGAUGAACUAGAACUAGAGACGGACACUUUGAACCUAUUGUUUGGCGGACGUGAAACCGAAGAUGAAGUGCUAAACGAAAACAAAGCCAUCGAUCCAUUGCUGUUUGAUUACAACAACAAUGCUUCGUUUUGAGUGAAGCCAAAAAGAGGGUUUUGAAAGUUGCAUGCGGUUGUGGGGGAUGAUUUGUUUAUGGUAUGUUGUUAUUUACCAGAAUAUACAGUGUCGCCAAGAUUAAAGAAAGGGUGGCUGCUGAACUGGGAGCGAACUCAGUGAGUCCCCACAAUUAAUUUCACUUUUCCUUUUGGAAAUAUUGGUGUGGAUGAUGGGACACAAAGCCUGAGGAACAGAAGGUUUCAACAGUGGACACAAGUACGUCCCAUAAGACAUGACUCGGUGAUAACUCAGUGAGAGGCGGGGAUGGGACUUGCCCUUGCCGGCCCUUUUCUUUCACUUUUUCUUCUUCUUCUUUUCGUUGUCAAGUGGAACAAAUUAUUUAACCCCUCACCUUUAUUUUCUUCUCAACGUGGGUGAUCACUGUUGUUAAAAACCCAGAAAAAGAUUUACAAAUUGCUUGGACGUGAAGAAAAUAAA